AUGGCUUGGAACUACGCAAGGAUCAGUCACGAUGACCAACUUACCUCGAAAUGGACAUUGAUACCCUACGCCAUCACCUUCCUGCUCGGCGUUCCUGGCAACAGCGCUGUCAUUUGGGUGACGGGCUUUAAGAUGGAAAGGGACGUCCACACAAUGUGUUUCUUGUACCUGGCUGUGGCAGACCUAACCUACUGCCUCACCCUCCCCUUUUGGAUGGUCAACGUCGCGCUACGAGGCACCUGGCUCAGAAUUGACAUUCCAUACAUUUUGCUGCUCUGCUCCAUCGUCUUCAACGGCAAGAUUGAACCAUAUUAUGGGCCCAUGACCUGGGAAAUGAUGAGAGUCUCUUGGUCGAUCUUUAUCUUCGUCGACCCCGUCGAGAUCAUGACGGCUUGCUGUGCGUCUAUUGGCUGGAGGCUGCACCGGGACAAGUUCAACAAGUCCAGGAAGCCUUUCUGCAUCAUCAUGACCGUGGUCGCCGCCUUUAUCGCUUCCUGGCUCCCGCUUCACAGUUGCAGUUUCGCAAUGUUGUUUUUCAGUUAUUGGGUUAUGGAUUGGAAUGACAUAGCGGUCGCCUUGGCCUGCUUCAACAGCGCACUCAACCCCUUUCUCUACGCCUUCUGCGGCCGCGACUUCCGCCGGGUGUUCAGACGUUCUCUUAUCACCUCGCUCCGUCUGGCCUUCCACGAGGAGGAUCCUGAAAUGCAGAACGACACUCCAAACCAAACAACUUCCCUGUGA